AUGAGGUCCGAACAUGUUUACUUGGAAUUAGCAGGCAAGAGUCAUGUGAUAGACUUGGCACAACAAGAUGGCACUGACUUAAUAAAAAUUCUUGUGGCUGCCGACGAAUUGGGUCUUCAGAAAAUUGUAGAAGUAAUAAAACAAUACUUAAUCGAUAAUCAAUCCGAACUGUUAAUUAGGAAUCCCAUCCG